AAAGCAAAGUUACGCGUUUCAUUCUGCUUCCACAUUCAUUCAGGAAGGAGAGCUGGGCAAACAAGGAGCAUGAAGGCUUUAUCGUCACCUGGGUCUCUGGAACACAAAACCCAGAGGAAGGUGUCCAAACCCCUGAUGGAGAAACGCAGACGGGAGCGCAUCAACAACAGCCUGGAAACUUUGCGGCUUCUGAUGCUGGAAAACACGCAAAAUGAGAAACUAAGGAAUCCAAAGGUAGAGAAGGCCGAGAUCCUGGAGAGUGUUGUUGAAUUCUUGAAAAAGGAGAAGUCGGAGAAGGAUCACCAGACCAUGAGGAAGAUGGUUCCUGAGGAACCGAGACCCACCUGUACCUGUAGCUACCAUGAUGGCAUGAGAUCCUGUCUGUUCAGGGUCAGCCAGUUUAUAGCCUCAAAGAGUCAGGAGUUGGAGGAGACCAACGCUCUCCAAGCCUCCUUGAAGCUUUCAGAGUCUCAGGCGCUGGUUUCCUCCCCAGUACCGCUCCACACGUUUCCAGUGGUUGCUCCUGCUGAUGUCCCGGCUGUUCUGUCUCCUCAACAUCUCCUCUUACAGCAGCCUGAAACCAGGCAGAUGUUCUCCUUCUCCUCCUCCACAACACAUUUUGCUGAUCCUGUAUGGAGACCUUGGCCUAAAUAAUGCACACAUAUUUUUUUUUUUAUAGAUGAUUUUAUACCAUAUUGGCUGCUAUAAACCAACACAUUGCAUAAUGUUUAUUUCUAUUCGUACAACAUGGAAAUUUUUGCGCAGAUAAUGUUAAUGUUUUAAAAUUUUGUUUCAUGUAUUUCCUGUUUUAAUUUUUCCUACAUGAACCCUGCAUGAAAAGAUGUUUUUUAUGUUCUUUUUGGGGUUUUUUUGCACCCUGCAAUUUUAAUGCGUCCUCUUGUUGAGGACCAUGCAUUAAGUGUCUUCCUUUGCUUUGUUUACCACCAUGGGUGGUGGUGUGAUUGUGCUUUGCUCGUCACAGACAUUGUGAGAGUGCUUUCAUGAUUGUCCUCAGUUCAGCACAAUAACCUGGUGUGGCCAAAGUGGCCUCUUGACUCCUUGAGUGGCUUUGCCUUGAAGGUUCCUGCAGCUUCACUUGUGAGAAGAGGAGAACCAUCUACAGGAACAUUAACACAUACUCUAUCCUGAUUGGAGAGCAGUUAUGAUGCCUAUUGAAAUGUUGAUAGGAGACCUGUUGUCUCUACAUGGUGUUUGGGGGACUUUUUGACAUGUAAAGUAGGAGAAGAUUGUGGUCAUUCACACAUGUUGAGAAUCCAGACCGGUUCAGCAGCAUCUAAUCCACAACUUGGUAUAAACACUGCAAUGUUUGAGAUCAUUUCUGUAUAAGGCCUCAUGCUUCUAGUCAAAUAAAACAUAUUUUGGCAUGCAAA